AUGGAAGUCACCCUUCAAUACAACAAUACUGACAAAAAGAUAUCAACUCCCAGCACAGAUGAAAAGCUUCAGAAGGAAAUAGACCAAUUAAAUACCUUGACAUCAGAAAUCAUCUCAAAUGGUUCAGAUGUACCACCAAUCGCUACACCUGAAAAUUUUAACAAAGAUUUAAGUAAGAUGAUCAAAAAAUUAUACGAAGGUGGAGUUCAAUCAUUCAAACAAAACAAGUUCGAAGAAAGUGUCAGGCAAUUCACCAUAGGUAUUGAAAUGAUCAAUAGAAGACAUAAAUUCGAAGCAUUUCAAGGUACUUUACAAGAAUUAAGUAUGUUCUUGAUGUCCAGAACAGAUGCUAACUUGAAAACUAAAAGGUAUUUAGAUGCCUUCAAUGACAUCGACAUGUUGUUAAGUAUGCAAAUGUGUACACCAGAAAAUUUCUUGAGAAGAGGUGUAGCCAAUUAUUUCUUAGGAAACUAUGAAGCUGCUAGAGCUGAUUACCAAAGAGGUUUGGCUUAUGAUCCAAAUAACAGACGUUUACAAGAUGAGUUAGAAACUUGUCUUGAUAAGAUUUUGGAAGAAAACGGUGACUAUCUUUAG